AUGGCCUUCAACGCGGGACCCCUCCCCAAACAAGCUGCUGCCCUCCUCACCGGCAACACCAAAGUCACAACCUACGAAUCCACAGGCGGUAAAACAACCGCCAAAUUCGCCACCCACAACCUCACUCUCAUCCCACCCAUCAAGCCCGGUUCUACAAUCCACGACAACGCCUGCGGCGCAGGCACCGUCUCCCGGCUGAUCCUCCAACAAAACGCCGGCACCACCGAUAUCAAGAUCCACGCCACGGACAUUGACCAAGCCUUCCUAGACGUCCUCACCGCCGACGCAGCGCAGAACAAUUGGCCGGUAUCAACAUCCAACCAAAAAUCUGAAUCCACCAACUUCCCCUCCGCCUUCUUCGACUACGACAUCAUGAAUAUCGGCAUCAUCUUCAUGUCUUCAGCCGGCCUCGACGCCACACGUGAGAUCCACCGCACGCUCAAACCAGGCGGUUUCGCCAUCGUGAACUGCUGGAAGACCAUCACGUGGAUGCUGCCCAUCAUGCUAGUCCACCGCGCAUUCCGCGGGGAGGCGGUUCCCUUCCCCGCGCCACCGAUCAACUGGACGGAUGGGACGCAGCUGAGGAAGAUUCUGGUGGAGGCUGGGUUUGAGGAGGGCAAGAUUCGAUUGGAGAGUCAGGAGGUGAGUAGUGUUUUGGAGGAGGGGGAGGAGUUUAGGGGGUGGGUGGAGAAGACGUGGGCUUAUUUGGCCGGGAUCGGGGGGUGGCAUGCGGUGGAUGGGGAGAAGUGGGAGGAGGAGGUGGAUAUGCUGGCUGAGUUGUUGAAGAAGCAGCCUGGCACGACGGUGGAGGGGGGAAAGGUGACGAUGACGGCGAGCCAGUGGGUGGGUGUCGCGGAGAAGUAG